UUUUUUUUUUCUUUCGUGAGAUCUACAAUGCUUAAACAGAAUGAUGAAGAAGCUCCUUUACUCGUUACAACUCGAAAAGACAAUUGGCGUUGGCUUGUCUUGUUUUCUUUUUCCUUUUUUUCGUUUUCUAGUGCACUAAUGUGGAUCACCUUUGCACCAUGUUUGUAUAUAUUUGUACAGUAUUACUUUGAAAAUGCAACUACAUCAACAACCAAUGCUAUUAAUUCUUUGUCAUCUAUUUAUAUGUUAAUUUACCCUUUUGCCAUUCAAUUUACCUUUAAAUAUUUUGAAGAUUGUGUGGGGAACGGACUUCAACGUGGCAUACUUAUUGGAGCAGUUUUGAAUGCAAUAGCUGGUGGAAUACGUUGGCUAGGAGCUACACCAUCUUUAUAUGGAUUUAUUACCUUAUUUUUUGGACAAACAAUAGCAGCACUAGCUCAAGUAUUUAUGUUAUCUAUUCCCCCAAGAUUGGCUGUUGCGUGGUUUCCAGAAACAGAGAUUAAUAUUGCUACAUCUAUUGCUGUAUCUGCUAAUAAUCUUGGCAUUGCAGCUGGGUGUGCUUUAACACCUCUUGUUGUUAAACAAUCUACACGAAAUAAAGAUAUUCCACAUUUACUAUUUACGCAGUUUAUUAUAUGUCUAGUAGUUCUUAUUUUAAUUUGGUACGCUUUUCAAAGACCAGCACCUUAUUGGCGAAGUAUGAUAAAUGAGCUUAAUUCAUCUGAACAAGCUGCUCAGUUAUGGAAACAGAAAAAGUUUAUUUACAUGCUGGGAUCGUAUGGUAUCAUCAUGGGAGCUCAAUGUACGAUUAUAACUCUAUUAGCUCAAAUCCUUAUUCCGCCUUUUCAACAUGUCAUUGAUGAAAAGCAUAUUGGCUUAUUAGGUGCCAUUAUGUUACUUGUAGGAUUUCCAGCUAGUAUUUUAGUGGGUUAUUAUUUAGAUAGAACAUUAAGAUAUAAACAAGCAUGUACUCUAUUAUGUAUAAUGACAGCUUUCAGUGUCUUGGGACUAUUCAUAUCUUGUCAGUAUAAACUUUUUAAAGGCGUCAUUUUAUCCUGUAUCAGUUUUGGUUUAACAUCUUAUGCUAUUUCACCCGCCUUCUUUCAAUUCGCAAGUGAAUUAUUCUUUCCUAUCAGUGAAAUCAUACCUACAGGAUAUCUAUUUACAAUAGGAAAUAUAGGUGGAGUACUAUUAGUAGCCGUGAUGGGCUGGAAUGAAAAUAUGACAAAUCAAUUCUCUAUGCGUCUACCCAUGUUCUAUUUAACACUAGCUAUGUUUGUUAGUAUCUAUUUUAUACAUAAAGUAAAAGGGACAUUAAAAAGAACGCUUCAUUUACAAAGAUGAUAGUUAUAAUAAAUUCAUUUUUUUUUAACUUCUUUUCCUCCUAUCAUUGUUAUUAUUAAUAAUUAGGAUGAAUUUUAAUUGGAUGACUACAGUCAGUUUUCUUCUUUUAUUAAUUAGAAAUAGGAAAAAAAAAAAAGUAUAAUAGGGUUCAUUUUCUUCUAUAACAUAAUAAUGACAUCAUUAAAAUAGUUAUUGAAACAACAACAGCAGCAGAAGAAGAG